CUACAGUGUCCAGAGGCAUCCCUCUGCUCUUUUCUGUGUCUUGGCUGAGCCGCUGUACUCUGCUGUGAGAUGCCGAGCGGGGUUGACUACGGUGAGCUGGGGGAGAGCCUCCCAGCCAUUUCUUCUCUUAACGCGUCGUACUCGCAGACCUCACUGUCUGUGACCUCGCCUCACUACCUCCCCCUGCCUGCCGGAGAGAGGCGUAGCAUCUCAGACGUGCGACGCACCUUCUGCCUCUUUGUCACCUUCGACCUCCUGUUUGUCUCACUCCUCUGGAUCAUUGAGUUAAAUAUAAACAAGAGUAUCUGGCUGAAUCUGGAGAAGGAGGUUGUCCGCUAUGAUUUCAAGUCCUCAUUCUUUGACAUCUUUCUCUUGGCUCUCUUCAGGUUUCUGUGUUUGCAGAUUGCUUAUGCCGCCUGCAAGCUGAGACACUGGUGGGUUAUUGCGAUCACUACCCUGGUGACGAGUGCCUUCCUUAUUGUCAAAGUCAUCAUCUCAGAUUUGUUCACUGAGAAUGCCUUCGGGUAUGUACUUCCCAUCGUCUCAUUUGUGGUGGCCUGGCUGGAGACCUGGUUCCUCGACUUUAAAGUUCUCACACAGGAGGCAGAAGAUGAGCGAGCAUACCUGGCUGCAGUGAAUUCUGCGUCUGAGAGUGCGCGUAUGAUCUACACGGGAGCGCUGUCUGAAGGCCAGUUCUACUCACCCCCAGAGUCCCUUGCAGGUUCCGAUGAUGACCUUGAUGAGGAAGGACUUGACAGAAGAGCAGUAACGGGACAGGAGAAGGAGUUUGUGAGGCAGGGGCAAGAGGCGAUGUCUUUGGUGGAGCAGAUACUUGCACAGGAGGAAAACUGGAAAUUUGAGAAGAAUAAUGAUGCAGGGGACUGUGUGUACACACUGGAAAUUCCUUUUCAUGGAAAGACAUUCAUCUUAAAGGCACUAAUGCAGUGUGCUGCUGAGCUGGUGUAUCAGGAGGUGAUUCUGCAGCCAGAGAAGAUGGUCCAGUGGAACCGAACUGUGUCGGCCUGUCAGAUUUUACAGAGAGUCGAUGACAACACGAUGGUGUCGUAUGAUGUGUCUUCAGGAGCAGCAGGUGGUGUUGUAUCUCCCAGAGAUUUUGUUAACGUCCGUAGAGUUGAACGGAGGCGCGACCGCUAUAUCUCGGCCGGCAUGUCAACCAUUCACAGUGCCAAACCUCCCCACAGUCGCUUUGUGCGAGGUGAGAACGGUCCAGGUGGGUUUGUGGUCCUGAAGUCCAGCAGUAAUCCUUCAGUCUGCACCUUCAUCUGGGUGCUUAACACCGACCUCAAGGGCCGUCUCCCUCGUUACCUCAUCCACCAGUCCUUGGCUGCUACCAUGUUCGAGUUCAUGUCCCAUCUGCGUCAGCGUGUGAACGAGGUCCGCGCUACUUUCCGGUAACUGAGGAGCAACCUAGCGGUUUGCUACUCCCUCCAGCUGCCCCUCUCUCUGCCUCUCUGCUCCCCUCUAAAGACCUUGCAGUGUUUUACUGUCACCAUGUGGAAAUUCAUCACCUCAACAGCCUGGACACACACAUGUCCACUAUUAUUAAUCACAGCCAGAUUCCUCUGGAAUACAGUUACCACUGUCUUACAGUGUCCUUUUUAAAUGUACUUGGACAAAGAAUUCCUUUUUUUGUGUGCACUUUGAAUUAUAAAUGAAAGAGCCAUAAGAGCCUGAGUAACAGAAUGUCAUAUUUUAUUUUGCAAUGGAAUUUCUAGGUAUGGCAAGUUUUCUGUUAGGGAAUAAAUUGUGAUCAUUGAGAUGGCUGCGGUUUUGCGCACCAGCAGUCAGGCUGGGCUUCAUACCUGGACCACCAGUGCCUUAUCCCCCUGAGCCCCCCACUGACUCAGCCUCCAUCUGCAGAUGCCGGCUCAUCUGACCUGGAGCACACUUCUGUAAAGGCCUAAUUCAUUCCCUUUCCCGUCAGAGGUCACAAGCUGAGAUGAUUUCCAUCUCGUAGGGUUUUUUUUUUGUUGUUGUUCAUCUACAAUUACUCCUUUUUAUAAACCUUAACUGACAUGCUUAAUGUUUUACUAUAUGGCUGAUAUUAUAAACCUGACCAUGUUUAUCAGUUGAAAUGUUUAUCGGUGUGGCAGGCAUGUGGAGGGCCCUAGUGUAGCGCUCUUGAAGAGAAUCUGAGCAGGCCAAGGCAUCCGUACUGAAACCCAGAUGCAGGUCAACAGGAAGAGUGUCCUAUUGCAUUGUACUUGAAAUGAUUCUCAGUAGCAUUGGUCUUAAUGGCAUAAUAAGACAUAAAUUAUACGCCCAAGAAUAUUACGAAAUAAACCAUACAUAUGACAAUUUUGAUGCCUUUGAUGUAGGUCCUAUGUGCAGGGUGACUUUAUUAUUUAACUGUUCAUUUGUUCACUGAUUGAAUAGAAGAUUUAGAAAGUUAUGAUGGCCAGUGUCUUAAUUUGAAACAGUUCCUAUGGGAAGAUGGUCCUAAAUUAACUUUACCAAGUGUAUCUUAUAGUGUAAUAAUUCAGCAAACUGUUAAAAAAAAAAAAACUAUUAGUAAAAAAGAAAUUGACAGUUCUUGGGCUAAACUCACAGGGUCCUAAGUUUACACGAUCAGAUUGGCCUAUAAAUUGAGUAUUGAGGAACGACCUGUCCAGUCUCCUGUUCCAGUAUCUGGUCUGAAUUUUUGUUUUCUUUUAGUUUUUUUGCGCCAUCAUUUUUGUGUCUUUGUUUCUGAUUUCAUGGGUUCAUAAAUU